GCGCCCUGACGGGUGCUGGCACAGCCUGGGCUCCUACCGCCGCGCCUGUCUGUCCUGCGCUGAACACAGUCACUCUGUCCCCUGUCGGGGGUGUUACCGGAGUCUCAGGCAGAGACGCGACACCUCGAGGCUUGAAUGCAGGAAGCAGUGUUUGCUAUACCGGCAGAGCCAGCCGUACUCGUGUCCACAAACGAGUGUUCCGAGCACGAUGGCGUUUGCCCUUUUAUACAGUUAUCGACCUUCCCAUAGUAACUCAUCUCAACAGACUUCAUAGAAUUGCUACAAUGGAAGUUAAAGGGAAAAAAAAGUUCUCUGGGAAAGGUCCAAAGAGCUCACAGGAAAAACGAUUUCGUAAGAACAAUGAUUCUACUUCUCCAAAGACAUUCCCAAGAAAAGUUAAGGAAGGUGGGCCUAAAACCACAUCUAAGAACUUUGAGAAAAGUGCCACAAAACCUGGGAAAAAAGGUGUGAAACAAUUCAAAAAUAAACAACAAGGAGAUAAAAGACCAAAGAACAAAUUCCAGCAGGCAAAUAAAUUUAGCAGGAAGAGAAAAGCCCAGCCAGGCAGUAAAGGUGAUGAAUCAGCAGCCAAGAAGCCCAAGUGGGAUGACUUCAAAAAGAAGAAGAAAGAACUAAAGCAGAGCAGGCAACUCAGUGAUAAAACCAAUUACGACAUUGUUGUUCGUGCAAAGCAGAUUUGGGAGAUCUUGAGAAGAAAAGAUUGUGACAAAGAAAAAAGAGUGAAGUUGAUGAAUGAUUUGCAAAAGUUGAUUCAAGGGAAAAUUAAAACUAUUGCAUUUGCACAUGAUUCAACUCGUGUGAUCCAGUGUUACAUUCAGUAUGGUAAUGAAGAACAGAGAAAACAGGCUUUUGAAGAACUGCAAGGUGAUUUGGUUGAAUUGAGUAAAGCUAAAUAUUCCAGAAAUAUUGUUAAGAAAUUUCUUAUGUAUGGAAGUAAACCGCAGAUUGCAGAAAUAAUGAGAAGUUUCAAAGGUCAAGUGAAGAAAAUGCUCAGACACGCAGAAGCCUCAGCAAUUGUGGAGUAUGCGUACAAUGACAAAGCUAUUCUGGAGCAGAGGAACAUGCUGACCGAGGAGCUCUAUGGAAACACAUUCCAGCUUUACAAGUCAGCAGAACACCCAACCCUGGACAAAGUUUUAGAGGUCCAGCCAGAAAAACGAGAGCUUAUCAUGGAUGAAAUGAAACAAAUCCUAACUCCAAUGGCCCAAAAAGAAGCUGUGAUUAAGCACUCAUUGGUACACAAAGUAUUCUUGGACUUUUUUACACAUACACCUCCAAAGCUAAGAUCAGAAAUGAUUGAGGCUAUCCGGGAAGCUGUGAUAUACCUGGCACACACACACGAUGGUGCCAGAGUGGCCAUGCACUGCCUCUGGCAUGGCACACCCAAGGAUAGGAAAGUGAUUGUGAAGACAAUGAAGACUUAUGUUGAGAAGGUAGCUAAUGGUCAAUACUCUCAUUUGGUUUUACUGGCAGCAUUUGAUUGUAUUGAUGAUACCAAACUUGUGAAGCAGAUAAUCAUAUCGGAAAUUAUUGCUUCCUUGCCCAACAUAGUAAAUGACAAGUAUGGCAGGAAGGUACUUUUGUAUUUACUGAGCCCCAGAGAUCCUGCACAUACAGUCCGUGAAAUCAUUGAGGUUCUGCAGAAAGGAGAUGGAAAUGCACACAGUAAGAAAGACACAGAGAUUCGCCGACGAGAGCUCUUAGAAUCCAUUUCCUCAGCUUUGUUAAGCCACUUACAAGAACAUGCCCAAGAGAUGGCUCUGGAUAGGUCUACGUGUGUAUUGGUGUCUGGCAUUCUGGGAGCCUCCACCGGAGACGUGCAGCCAGCCAUGAAUGCUAUCGCCAGCCUGGCAGCAGCAGAGCUCCACCCUGGCGGUCAGAAUGGAGAGCUCCACAUCGCAGAACAUCCUGCAGGACAUCUAGUUCUGAAGUGGUUAAUUGAGCAAGAUAAAAAGAUGAAAGAACGUGGAAGAGAAGGUUGUUUUGCACGAACACUUGUAGAGCAUGUUGGCAUGAAGAACCUGAAGACCUGGGCCAGUGUAAAUCGAGGUGCCAUUAUUCUCUCUAGCCUUCUCCAGAGCUGCGAUGAAGAGGUGACAAGCAAAGUCAAAGCUGGACUGAAAAGCCUGAUUCCCACAUUGCAGAAAAACAAGAACGCUAGCAAAGGAAUAGAAGCUCUGCUUGAGAAAUUGACUGGAUAGAGGGAAAUGGCAAGAUGAAAUCACCAUUUUCUACCCUCCCAUGCUAAAAAGAGGGUUAUUUCCACCUUACUGAUAAUUUGGCUGUUAUGAAUCUGUGUGUGUGUGUGUGUGUGUGUGUGUGUGUGUGUGUGUGUGUGUGUGUAUGUAAGAUUGUUUAUAAAAUGGUUUUCUAAGAAAAUGGCCUUUUUUUUUUUUUUUAAUUCCUGACAUCUCUAUCACAUUGAGCAAUGAGUGAAUCAGUGUGAAGCCAUGUGGAAGCUGUAACAGGCAUUUACACAGGACUGGUCAAGCAUAUGUAAGUGCCUAUGUGUGUUGUCUAAGGAAGAAGACAUACUCAGUAAGCUGUGGUCUGAGAAGUCUUCCUGGGGAGAUAGGACUUGCUAGGGCCUCAGAGGAUGAGAGAAUGUGGUGAGGAAGAGCCACAGGGAGUCUUGGGAGCCGCAAGGUAAAAGCUUUGAACUGAACUAAGGAAGCCUUGGGGCUUUGUUGGUUUCAAGAAAGACAACCAGCAACAAGGCCAGCUGUAUUAUUGCUGCCUUGUGGACUGAGCCCUGUGCCCAGAAUCUGUCAGAAAGUCACUUGAAUAAGCUGAGAGUCAUAGGAGAAAAUGUGCUUGAUGAACUGGGGGUUGGGGGUGGGGCUUGGUCAUAGUGGCUCCCCACUUUAAGGUCCCUCUUUGGAUCUGUACCUUCUAACUCCAUGAUUCCUGUAUGAUGAGAUGUCAUUUUCUCUUUUGGGACUAUCCCUCCAAUAUUUGAAACCUGUAAGGUUUUUGUGUUAGAAAGGAGGAGAUGCAAAAUUGUUUGAAGUUUGAAUCUGAACAGGGUCAGGGACUUGAAUUUUGAAACUGAUCUGCGUCUUUGGCAACAGUUCUUGGAGGAAGGCUCAGCUGUUCUUCCUGUGGGUACCUGGCUACUUUUGACUCUGAGUCUUGACACCUUCUAUAAUUGACUUACCCUAAUAAGACACUCCUCUCCUCACCAGUGUCAGUGCAGUUGACCUGCUACAACAGGGCAGUGCCAGGACCUAGCCUGCCAGGCGCACUGAGCCCUGUUCAAAGAGCAAUAGAGCUGAGGCCUGGAACUGCUUUCCUUUCCUUCUGUUUUCCUUUUCUUCCCUUUUCCCUUCCUUCCUCCGUCUUCCCCAGCCCCCUUCCCUCCCUCCCUUCCUCUCUUCCUUUCUUUGUCUCUCUUCUUUCUUUUUUUCUUUCUAGCUUGGAUUCCAUCCUUCUACCUUCUCUUACCUUCCAGCUGAAUUUUAGAGUUAAAAAUGGGACAGUUGAGGGAACUGGGGAUGCAGUGAAGGAAGUGAUAGGGAAAGUAACAUUAGAGCUUACUUUUAAAUUUUAUUGAUGUGUUGUAAUGUCUUAUCAGCAUGCAGGACCCCUUCAGAAAGGGAGACAGGGACAACCCUACUUUUUGCUCCAUGUUUGGGACCAAAAAUUAAUGUAUACAGUUUCUAAAGGUAAAGCAUAUACCAAAAACAAUAAUUCUUCUCUAUUUAACUCCUCUACACACUGCCUUGUCUUCCCCAAAACAACUACCUCUGACUCUUUAGCUCUGUAAUUGAGAUUUUCACCACCGUUUUCUCACUUCUACCCUCGCAUCUCCACAAUAGAAAUAUUUGUGAUAAGACAGUGUUUAUAGAGUUCCUUGAUAGGCCCACAUAAGUUGUUAAAUACUGAAAGAAGGUAGUGAACUAUCUUUACAUUUCUUGGAAGUAAUAAUUACCUCAUCUGGUUUUUUUUUAUGUUUGUUUGUUUGUUUGUUUUGUUUUGCUUUGUUGUUGAGAAAGAGCCACCAAGGGAGUCGGGUGGUAGCACAGCAGAUUAAGCUCAGGUGGCGCAAAGCGCAAGAACUGGCUCAAGGAUCCCGGUUCCAGCCCCCAGCUCCCCACCUAAAGGGGGUCGCUUUACAAGCAGUGAAGCAGGUCUGUAGGUGUCUGUCUUUCUCUCCCCCUGUCUUCCCCUCCUCUCCAUUUCUCUCUGUCCUAUCCAGCAACAACGUCAUCAAUAACAAUAACUACAACAAUAAUAUUUAAAAAAACAAAGUUAACAAAAAGGAAUAAAGAAAUAUUAAAAAAAGAAAGAGCCACCAUACCAUCAAAGCUUCCUUUAAUGCAGUGGGGGACCAGGCUUGAACUCUGGGCUGUGCACAUGGCAAAGCAGUGCACUACCCAAGUGAACUGUUUCACCAGCCCUCAUUUUGUUUAUUUUCAUUUGUUUACUUUUCUACAUUCUUGUGGUUACUUUCACCCAAGCAUUUCAUUAGAAUUGCUCACACUCUUCCUCUUAUUUGCCUCAGCCCCUCUCUUGUGUGUUAAGGUGCUUACUAUUGUGGUGCCAGCCCUCUCUCAUGGCUCUGGGACCCCCACUGGUCCCCACAAAGUAGCUCUUUAUAAAUCUAAGGAUAUUGUAUUUCAUGUUUGUUUUGUUUUUGCUUUGCACUCUCUUGUCUGUCUCUGGUUCAUUUUUGGUCUUUUUUGUUGGGUUGGUUUAAGAUACUUCAAACUGAUCAGAAAGGGAAGCAGGCCCCCUUUGCUCGACUAUUAACUAUUCUUGGCUGUGCCGAUUAAUUAUGAUGCUAGUGUUUGUGUCAGAAUCAGGGACUACUCAGUGCCUCCAGAGAGAAAUCUGCCUAGCAGUCAGUGCACAGAUUCUACUUAAUCCACCUGCUUUCAAUACAGCACGGCCUCAUUCUCUCUCAUACCUAGAACAAUUGGACCAACAUGUGUCUACAAAAUAAACUCAGCCUUCUGCUGAAGUGUGAAA